CUGCCGCGGCGGGUGUUGGUGUUGGUGUGGUUGAGAAAUUUCCCCUUUCUGCUCGGAUUUUACUUCAUUUUGCUUGUGGCAUCCGUGAAUAAAAAAACAAGGCGACGACGACGACGACACAAGAGGAACAGAAUUCAAUUUUUAUAGAAGGAGAAUAAAGGAAGAGGAGAGAAAGUCUUCGAGAACAAAAAAACAUCAUUAAUCCGAAGCUUAUUUUUUCAAAAUGAUGACAGAAAAUAUGAACGCUGCCAAUCAUCUGAAUAUGAAUUCUGCCAAUCAUGGCAAUCCCAAGAGUAUAAACAAUGAUAAGACGGUUGCUACAGCAACUUUAAAUAACGAUGACAUUGGUUGGAAAUCAAAACUACAGAUUCCUCCAAAGGAUACUAGACCUAAGACUAGUGACGUAACGGACACACGAGGAAACGAAUUCGAGGAAUUUUGCUUAAAACGUGAAUUACUUAUGGGCAUUUUCGAGAAAGGUUGGGAGAAACCGUCACCAAUUCAAGAAGCUGCUAUUCCGGUCGCGUUAAGUGGUAAAGAUAUACUGGCACGGGCGAAAAACGGUACAGGAAAAACUGGUGCUUAUUGCAUUCCCGUACUUGAGCAAAUUGACCCGUCUCGUGAUGUUAUUCAAGCAUUGGUCAUCGUUCCAACGAGAGAGUUAGCACUGCAAACUUCGCAAAUUUGUAUUGAAUUGGCGAAACAUUUAGAUAUUCGGGUUAUGGUGACAACUGGCGGCACCAACCUUAAGGAUGACAUUAUGCGAAUUUAUCAGAAAGUACAAUUGAUCAUUGCAACUCCUGGCCGUAUUCUGGAUCUAAUGGAUAAGAAAGUGACAGAUAUGUCACAGUGCAAAAUCCUCGUAUUGGACGAGGCAGACAAACUAUUAUCACUAGAUUUCAAAGGCAUGCUGGAUCAUGUUAUAAUGAAACUGCCGAAAGAUCCACAAAUUCUUUUGUUCUCGGCAACAUUCCCGCUCAGUGUAAAGAAUUUCAUGGAAAAACACUUACGAGAACCAUACGAAAUUAAUCUUAUGGAAGAGCUGACACUCAAGGGUGUGACACAAUACUAUGCAUUCGUACAAGAACGACAAAAAGUGCAUUGCUUGAAUACGCUGUUCUCGAAGUUACAAAUUAAUCAAUCGAUUAUCUUUUGCAAUUCAACGCAGCGUGUUGAAUUGUUGGCGAAGAAAAUCACAGAACUUGGCUAUUGUUGUUAUUAUAUUCAUGCCAAGAUGGCGCAGGCGCAUAGAAAUCGUGUUUUCCAUGAUUUUAGACAGGGGCUAUGCAGAAAUCUAGUCUGCUCAGAUCUGUUUACACGUGGUAUUGAUGUACAGGCUGUGAAUGUUGUUAUUAAUUUCGAUUUUCCACGUAUGGCUGAGACUUACUUGCAUCGUAUUGGCCGUUCAGGGCGCUUCGGGCACUUGGGCAUUGCUAUCAAUCUAAUUACAUAUGAAGAUCGAUUUGAUCUACAUCGCAUUGAAAAAGAGUUGGCCACCGAAAUUAAACCAAUUCCCAAAGUGAUUGAUCCUGCACUUUACGUUGCCACCUCGUUGCCUGCCUUGGGAAGUGGUAAUGGCAGCGACAUGAAUAAUUCGAUAAACGACGAGGGUAAUGUGAGCAAGUGAAAAAUGGGGCAGGUUGAACAAUGGAAGUGUCCCCGAAAUAGUUAAGUGCUACAAGUGUGUAUGUGUAAGAGUGCGUACGGAUGUGUAUCUGGUUUGUAUGAAAAAUGUGUGGAGUGUGUUUACGCGUUUUGAAUUUAUAAACAAUGAAACCAUGAAUGAUGAACAAAUUGUGUAUGAAUACAUCGUGUGUGCUUGUGAAAUCUUUCUUUUUGAUCGAUAAUCAUGUAGUGAUGAACAUUCGAAUGAUAUGAAUUACGGGCAAAAUGAAAGUGUACAGAAAAUGAACAAUUACUGAAAGAAUCGUUUGAAUAUGAACAAACAAUGGAGAAAAGGAAAUGCAAAGCGGUGGAUUAAUCGCGUGGGUUUUUCUGUUUCAUUGCAAACAAGAACGAAAUACAAAGCGCAGGAUGAUUAAUCGUUUUUAUGCUUAGUAUAAAGAGAAGUCGAUUUUAAGCUGAAAUUCAAAUUAGGAAGGAAUCAGAAGUCAUUUUGUGUAAGCUUGACAAACAGCCGGUGAAAUAACCAAACCAGAAUCAGGUUUUAAUGUUUUGUAAGGGUGAAUCCUUUACAUCAUCGCCCGCAGAAAGUCGCACUGAAAUUAAAUAUAUACAAGAAUCCGAUAGCAAGUACCAGGCAAGGAGCCGCGAAUAUGUAAAGGAUCUGCCCGUAAACAUUGAAAUGUUGAAAUAGAAGGACCUAUUUUUUGGAAAUAUUAAACAAGCGAAAUUAUAUAGAAAUAACAACCGAAUAUGCAAUAGAGAUUGAAACGAAUCAAAAGUAGGAAAGAAACAUUCAAAGUAAUAAAAUCAACAAGUCCAGCAGCAAAUUGUAUAUCUCCCAUUUCUAUUUCUUGCAAUAUUUUUAGCAAUAAAAAAUCUUCAGAAAACUUUCCGAUAUAUCAUUUAAUUUCAAUUAAAAUCGAUUGGUGGUAACUUGUUUUUUGUACGUUUAGAUACUUUCGGAAAACCCUGAACAGCAAAUGUGAGCGAAAGAAAUUUCGUUUCUUUAUUUUUCUCGAGAAAUAGAACAUAUUCUGUAGUCAACAUUUAUCAACUAAGUAUUCACCUUAGACUGAUCGGUUUGAAGUUUUGUUAAUAUUAAGAAAUCUUGUCAGAGCGAUUUAAUCGCCUUUUUCAAACUGAAUUUGGGGAAUAAUACAAUUCGCAAAUCCAACAAUCUUUAAAAAACAUCGAAAAAUUUAAGAGUUUUCUUACUUUUUUGUAAUUUAAACAAUUGGAGAAAGGUUGAGUUGUCAAUAGAAGUACGAAACGAGAGGGAAGGAGUUUAAGGUUCAAAUCAAUGGCGAUGGUUGUAGUCUUAUGCUAAGCCAUCUGAAGGCAUUUAUAGAAAAGUACAGUAGAAGUGAAAUUGUAAUAGAGCUUCACUACAAACAUUACGAAUACACGAAGCAAGGCAUAAAAAACCAGCUCCAACUCUCUUUAUUUUUGUUGAAAGGAAAUAUUCUUAUUUUCAUUGAAAUUUACUUUACUUUUCGUGCUUUCUCUUUUGAUUCUUUGUCCCUACCUUCAACAACAAAAACAAUGAGAAAGACUGUGACUACAUUCGUCUUUUUACUGUUUUUGAUAGAAAAUUUUAUAUAUAAUCUGGAGAUGUGAAAGAAAUAGCAUUGAAGGCUUUGAGUAGCUUCCUUAUAUGGCCGAAACGAAAGAUUCAAAGGAUACUUCUACGAGUUCGAGUGCAAUAAUAACAAAAUUGUAUCUAUCCAAACUACAAGUACUUGGAAUAUAACGCAUUUGAUGUGGUUUCUUUCACAUUUCGCAUGUAUCAAAAUCAACUUUCUUGAAAAUUUGGGAGAAUAGUGUGAACUAAAACAAAAAAUAAAUUAUACAAUUAAGUGUAAAUAAGUAAGUGAUAUAACGACUUAAUGUCCGUAUAUUUGUCUCUUUUUGCGAGACGUGAAAGGGUGGAUAGGGAGGAAAUAAUGAAAAAUAACUGGGAAAAUGAAAUGAGAAUGAAUAAGGAAGUCGCGUAAUGAAAAGAAUUUUUUUGAUGGGUUGCAAAUAAGAACUUAGGUGACGUGACCUCUUUCCUUUUUGAGGAAAGGAAGGUUAGAACAAGUUGAAAGUGAUCGAUUCUGUUUGUUCACUUUUUUCGAAUUACAAUUAUCAUUCGUUACCAAGUUUCUGAUUCUGCAGCUUUGGUUGUUUUAGAUGUAAGGAGCGACUGUAGUCAUUUAUUAUUUUAGUUGUGUUUUGGUUAAUCAAGAAUUUCCCCUUGAAGUUAUUCGUUUUGUAUAAAAGACCUGACUAGGAUUUAUAACGGUGGUUGCAAAUAUCAUCGUAUUGUCACAAUACGUAAAAAAAAGAAAAAGAUUGGACAAUUUUUCCAUCAAAUCAAUUUUUGUAGAAAGUUAAGAUGUUCCUCCACACGUUAUAAAUCCUGCUGAGCCCACGGAAACUACAUUAUGAUACACCACUAUAAAGCUAAACUUGAUGCUAUGAGUUAGGUUUGGAAGCACUUCGCCUAUCGUAAUUUAUAUGCUUUUUAAUUUUUGAAAAAUUGAUUCAGCUCUGUAUAUUGAUUGACGAUCUGAAAACCAUGAUAAACCUUCUGUAAUUGUCGAAACAUUGCGGUUAAGUUAAAAUUUGCUAUGGGGGAAAUUGGAAUUUUUUCGGACCGAAACUAUAACAAGUGGAGCUUCGACAAUUAUAUGCCUUUUGCAAUCAACGAUAAACAAUUGCAAAAAUUAUUAGAAUAUCUCAAAGAUACUUUCCUGAGCCUCGGAAAAUACUCGAUAACUAUUCGCCAAUUUUGAAUUGGAAAAAAAAUAUUGGUUUUGUCUUCUAUCUGUACAGGCACAAGUUUCUUUGGUUUGUACCAGUGAAAAGGGAUUACUUUCUUUUUCAUUAAAAAGGAAAUAAUAACUUACAAAACUUUAAUUUAUCUUUUUACUUUGGAGAGAGUAUUUUAAAAUGUCCAUAUUUUUUCAUAAUUUGAGGUAAUCUUCCCGGUGAACUACGAAAUAGAUUGUUUAGUUUUCGAGAUGUUAUGCCUUGCCUCUAACAUUCUUCAACUUUAUGUUGGUCAUAUCUCUCCUCUUCAUCAAGACGCUUCGGGAUAUUCUUGAAAAUUUUCGAUAAAAUAAAUUGUAAAUGGAAGUGGAUUUUGUUCAACUUUGCCCACACAAAUUUUUGUUUACUCCUGAAGAUCUCCGUGAUAUUAUAUUUCUUUUUCUUUAAUUUGCUGGGAUGUAAGAUCACAUCUCACAGCGUUGAACGUGUUUUAGCAAAUCCAUGGCGUUUUUUCGUGUGCUUUAAAUGGAAAACUCGCCAAUUUACAUUCGCCUCCUUUUUGUUGUUGAAUAAGCCUUAUUCCAACUGACAUUUGCUUUUGGUGAUUUCUUAUUCUCAGGUAGAUAGCGGUAACUAAUGUUAUUCUUGUGAAUUCCAUCAAUUUUUUUAAUUAAAAUGCUCGUCACCGCUUCACAAUACCUAAAUUAUACCAGCACCAUAUCCAAAUGACUGAUAUUUCAAGGUUGUUGAACUAUUACAGCAACAACAACGUAAAGCGGCGCUUUCAUCAUGGUUACCAAUAUAGUGUGCUGCAAGUCAGAUUUAAGCUGCAGGAGCGGUUAAAGAACAAUCCGAACGAAUAUAUAUUUUGUGAGAAGAGCUGGCUUUUGGUAAUUGUUCUGUCUUGCCUGCAGCGUGUCAAGUUGCAAAACUAGCAAUAUUUGUAUGCUACAGUUGUCCAGUUAACAAAAGCGGAGUCAUUAACUUUCGUACAUCCCUCAGGCUAAUUUCAAGCAGUAGCCCAGUGAAUGACAUUCGGUCGCUGGUAAUUUAAAUUCCGAUAAUCGACGUUACCACUCUUUCUACAAGUCAUUACAUUUACAUUCCAUAUCUGAUUAGAUCCUUUUCGCUAACUUAAUUUCUACAUUGUUUGUGAAGGAACACUUACGCCCACCCACAAUAUUCAUGAUUAAAUUAUUUUCAACAGUCGAUGUUGACCACAUUCUUCCUCGUGUACGGUUUGGUCGUGAGUGAAGUGGUCUAACAUACUUCAAGGCCUAGAUCCAAAUUAAAAUGUUGCGCCAUUCCCUGCCCUAGUGUUAAAUUUUCACCGAUUUCUCUAAACCGUUCAUCCUGAUACCAUUUCUUCUGAUUUUGUCGCGGUCACUUUAGCAAAAAUUGCAGGAUUUGAGGCAUUUUCAGUUAUGUUACGGCUCUCGUUCCUCCUCUAUAUUACUCCGCAUGAAAAACAGUGGUGGACACAUCCUAUCCGUCUCUCAAUCUCACGCAACGAUAUCCCUGAUUUUGUCAAUGCUAGCUAUUGCCAAUUGUUCAUAUUCAUGUGUCAGGAGUACAUCACCUCACAUUUAGUCUUUGACGGAAGUUACGUCUGAGAUUGAGUUACGAUGCCUAAGCAUUAACGUCUUUUUGGCCUAU